GGGCGGCGGCGGCGCCCGGCAGGAGGCGGCGGUCGGGGCCGGGCCGGGCCGGGCCGGGCUGGGACGGGGCCGCUCCCCCCUCAGCACCCCCCUGCGGGCCCCGCGAUGUUCAACCGGGCCGUGAGCCGCCUCAGCAGGAAGCGCCCGCCCUCAGAGAUAAACGACAGCGAGGGUCACCCCAGCAGCAGCCACCAAAGCUUGAAAGGAACCUCAAAAUGGGCUACGUCACUGGAGAACCUCCUUGAAGAUCCAGAAGGAGUUAAACGAUUUAGGGAAUUUUUAAAGAAAGAAUUCAGUGAAGAAAACGUUUUGUUCUGGCUAGCAUGUGAAGAGUUUAAAAAAACACAGGGAAAAAAACAGAUGCAAGAAAAAGCUAAAGAAAUUUACAUGACUUUCCUGUCCAAUAAGGCUUCAUCCCAAGUCAAUGUUGAAGGGCAGUCCCGUUUGAACGAGACAAUUUUGGAGACGCCUCACCCUCUAAUGUUUCAGAAGCUCCAGGACCAGAUAUUCAACCUCAUGAAAUACGACAGCUACAGCCGCUUCUUAAAGUCAGACAUCUUCCUAAACCAUAAGAAGUCGGAGGAGCAAGAGGAGAAUUCACCAGAGGCUCAGACUGCAGCUAAAAGAGCGUCAAGAAUUUACAACACUUGAUACGAUGAAUCUCGUUAGGAGAGGCAAUACAAUAAUUAACUCACACUCAGGAACAGUCUAGGUUUAUAGCAGUUGCAUAUAGGGCUUGGAAAAGCUCAAAACGUUUUUAGGAGAUACUUACCUUUUUUAAUUGCUUGAAUGACUAAUUGUUUUUGCAUGACAGCUAAUAAAUAACCAAGUGCCCAUGGAAAGACUGUUUCCUAGCUAAAAGGCUGAGGUAUUCGUCCAUAACAUGAAUUGCAUUUUAUAUUUCACAAGUUAAAAUGCUUUCAGUUUCUUUUGCUUUUCUUUUGUUGUUGGGCAUAAUGAUGCUGAGAAAGUGUUUUUUUGUUGUGUUGUUGUUUUAAUUUGUGCCUUCUGGUUUUUGUUUGUGCAUGGCUUUUACUUUCUGAAUUGCUGGGAGCAGCUGUUGAGGAGUAUGUUUUAAGUUAUUUUGUGAAUGAGACAUUCAUAGGAAACUAAUUUCGGAGCAACAUCUUUCAGGGUCAAGAUCAAUGGAAUCUAAUCUUACUCCUGUUUUCCAGUGUAACUUUUUUUCAAGGUGAUAGAAGUUUUACUGUGCCUUUACUUAUGAAUCAAAGCACUUCUCUGAUCAUGAUUUUCAUUUCUAUAUCUCUUCAAUUUCUCCAAUAUAUUUGCAGUAGACAAUCGCCUUCAGAGGAGGGAGCAAUGCACAUCCCCUUUGGGACAAAAGCUCUUAGAUACAGAGCAUCUCUGAAGAAUUCCUAAAAGCCAUCGGGAAAUCUGCCAGUUGAUAUCCCACAUUGGGCACACUCCUUUCAGCAAAGCUUGACUGGGGCACGUCCCGCAUGUCAGCCAGGUUGUCUGUUACAUCAGGGCCAGAUGUUGGUACUGGGAAGCACCUGUUUUUUUCCUGGGUCUUCUAAAUCCCGCUAUGUGUAGCAAGAGUCAUUCUGCAAUGGGCCAACCAUCAAAGUCUGACUCUAUAAGAUCUCUCUCUAAAGUCAGCCUGCCGGCGUUACUAAAUUGCAGUUUUAUUUGGGAAAGCAAAAAGCCACGUGCUUGUUCACAGGUUUCACGGUGCAUAGUCUAGCUCUGUUUCACUUUCAUUAUUUACUCUUUCAUUUUUUGCACUGCUUUCCUUGAACUCUUGUUGAUGUGCUGGCUAAUCAGAUCGCACAGUUAGCUUUUCAUAUAGUUUUUUUUAGGAAGGUCAGAUGUCAUACAUUACUGUCACUAUCAGUGUUUUUAAAACUAGGUCUAGGUUGUAAUUUUUGAGGAUGAAGAUUCACUUGAUAGACUUGAUGAUAACUUUUCUUUAACUCUGAGCCAUUCUUGCAGGUAAUGUGUGAAGAAAAUUGUUUCUGUGAGUUUUUCUUGUUACAUAUACGAGCGGGAUUGGGACUUCUGAUUCUUCUCCCAGAGCUAAAUGCCCUGUUCAUUCUUAGAAAAUAAAAAAAGCAAAUUACGAAAGUCCCUCUGUGUGCAUGUCUUAAGGUGUAAUUCUUAUGCAAUGAGUAAGUUUUCCUUUUAUGCUCCCAAAGGAUUUAAAGGUGAAGUCAUACUCCCGCUUCAGGCACUCUCAGCGGUGUUUGACCUCAUGCUUAAGCUGUAUUUCAAUGCUUCGCUGAAUAGCAAUGAAGUAUGUACAUGCAUAAAUCUUUUUGUUGUAAUGAGGCCUAGGAAAUGUGACCACCCAGUUCUGGAUUUACAAAGAUUACAACUAUUUGUAAUCUCAGGAUAACAUCUUUGGAAAACUCACUGUAACAAUGAGCUCUUAACGCCUGCCAGGGCAGAGGAUGGAACUUCUGGUACGACUGAAGUCCUUGGGAGCAGGCUGCUUAAACACACUCGGGAGCUGGGACUUGUCUCUUCCCAGUAAUUGCAGUGGAAGUCUUGGUGACCUAGAAAAAAGCAGGAUGGGGACCUUGGUGGGAAAAUGCAGGAUGAACUCUCACCACGUUCAUCAUGCAGAUGCAAAGUAGGUUCCUUUUAAUCAUAUUGGUUUAAAAAAAUGCAUGAGUAAGGGAGAAAAAUCUUUGACUAUCAAAUUUAGAAACAAUAAUUAAACCCGAGGCUGUAUGAACAAUGGUAGGGCAUUAAGAGAGAAAAUACUUGUUUGUAGCUGCUCAUAAACAACUUUUUCCUUGGCAAUACUCUCGCUGUCAGGUACUGUAUUAUUUGCUUGGUGGCAGCAAAUGCCCGGUGGGAGUAGACACAAAGGUGCUUUACACUACUACCAGCCAAAAGCUACUCAAAUGGAAAUGCGUUUCUUAGCAGCAUUUCAAUGCCUGUGAUGUUUAUUUCAAUACCUACGAUGUUUUUACGAUAGUAUACCUGGAUCCACAACAUUUUUAAUCUUUGUAUUGUGUUUUUGCAUCAGCAGUAAAAAAGUUCAUUGCCCUAUUGGCUGUCAUUCCAAGUUUUGUGCUGUUCUGUUUUCUUUUGUUUUGUUUUUAGAAAAACAACUAGGCUUGCGAGAUGCAGAGAUCAGAGAUUCUUUUCUAUCCAUGAGAUGGUCUAUACUGUACAGUAAGAGAGCAAUUGAGAGGAAACAGUGCAAGCAGCACUCUGUAAUUGCAGCAUGUGUAUAUGUGGAGAACGCUAUUUGCUUCUGUGGAUAUCAUCGCUGAUCAAACUUUGUGAAAUAAAUUUUCUGAGGCAUGUAACGAAUUGCACAAAGAAAUGUUUCUCUGUGAGUAAAUCCUGCAUUCCAGCAGUAACUGUAAACUUCGCAUGGCACCUCCUGCUCUAAGUGGGUAUUCAGAGUUGCUUUAUGUAGGGGCAAAGAUAGGAAGGAUUUUUUCCUUUUCCUAGAAUUUACACUGAAGGUAUAAGCACGAAAAAGCAAGAAAGUUUUCAUGCCUCAUCACGUGCCUUGAAUUCUACCCUAAUGUGUGUUUCUCAGCUGAAAAUUAAAAUAUUCCACAAAUACAC